AUAGUGGAAAAAGCUGAGGGGAAGAAGUUAACAAUGGUGGAAUAGAGCGCUUGUUUGACGACGACGAUGAUGGCGAGGUUUGUCUCCGUAUCGUCUUGCCAGUUUCGUUUUGGCUUCUUUGAGUUUCCUCCUCCGUCAUUAACUCCUUAUCCGAGACGGUUUGAGGUCUCUAGCCGGAGAUUUCCGGCGAUUCCGAUCAAAUGUUCUUCAUCUGAGCCGGAGAAUGGUGAGGAUUCGGCGCCGUCGCUGUCUUCUCCCUCCUCAUCGAGUGAAGUAUCCACGACUACCAGUUCGACAUACAACUGGUACACCGUACUUGGCGGUAUUGGGAUGUUAGAUACAGCGUAUUUGACUUACCUUAAGGUCACUGGCUCUGAUGCGUUUUGCCCUAUUGGUGGUGGCACUUGUGGAGAUGUCCUGAACAGCGAUUACGCUGCUGUUUUCGGUGUUCCUCUCCCAGUGAUUGGAUUUGUUAUGUAUGGCUUAGUAACCGCUCUAAGUGCAGAGCUUGCGGAAGAUAAUCUACCGUUUGGAAUUAGUAAGACCAAUGGGCGUUUUGCGUUAUUUGGGACAACGACUGCAAUGGCAUCUGCUAGUGCAUAUUUUCUGUAUAUCCUUAGUACAAAACUCUCAGGAUCUUCAUGCCUGUAUUGUCUAGUGUCUGCUUUCAUAUCAUUCAGUCUAUUUUUCCUCUCUUUAAAGGAUGUGAAGUUGCAGGAGAUAAAGCAAGUUGUAGGAUUACAAAUAUGCUUGGCAAUCAUAGUAGUUGCCUCCUUGACUGCUUCGUACAGUACUGCUCAACCAAUCCCGUCACGUUCUGGUGACAUUGAACUGCCAUAUUUUAGAACAGAGAUCACUUCAUCGUCGAGCCCUUAUGCUAUUGCCUUAGCAAAACAUCUAAACUCCAUUGGAGCCAGAAUGUAUGGGGCAUUCUGGUGUUCUCACUGCUUAGAGCAAAAAGAGAUGUUUGGAAGAGAAGCGGCAAAACAACUGAAUUAUGUGGAAUGUUUUCCGGAUGGAUAUAAGAAAGGAACAAAGAUACUCAAGGCAUGUGCAGAUGCAGGGAUCGAAGGAUUUCCAACGUGGAUAAUAAAUGAUCAGGUCUUAAGCGGAGAAAUAGAACUCGCUCAACUAGCAGAGAUGUCUGGAUUCAGCCUUGAUCAGGCAAAUGAGGCCAAUCAACUACAGUAAAUGUUGUAUUGUAGAAGAAAAGAAUUAGGUGAAUUCGUGAUUGUUCUUUGCUUGAUUGAUCAUGAUAGCUAUAGGGUGGUUCUAUGCAAAUGCAAGUGAAUGAAAUUCAUUGUUAUUGCCAUAGGAGGUUAAGGCUUCAUGACAUAUCUCUUACCCUUCACUAUUUGACCAUAUAAAGAUGAUAUAGGUUCCAAACAUUGCUAGGUUUCUUCUACUCAUAUUUGAGAAUCUGCAGUCAUCUGGUAGUGAUAUUUCUUAUGUGUAUCUUAAAACCGAGAAGUGUGGUUUUAUGUAAGAGUAUAUGAUGUACGCGUAGAUGAUUGUAUAUAAUAUGGGAUACUUAAUUGAAGAAUUAGUCCCAAGAUUUCCUUCUGAA